AUGCGGGUUAACAAUAUAGGAGGAAGAACUGAAUCGGUGAUGAGGUUAGAUCACAACGGUCAUAAUCAGCAAAGGGCGUCUCCAGAACAAGUAGAGGAAUCUUUAAAACUUAUAGAUGAUUUGAAAUUCUUCCUGGCGACAGCACCUGUAAAUUGGCAAGAAAACCAAGUCAUUAGAAGAUAUUAUUUAAAUAAUGAUCAAGGUUUCACGUCAUGUAUUUUUUGGAAUAAUCUGUUUUAUAUUACAGGUACAGACAUCGUAAAAUGUUGUAUGUACAGAAUGCAGAAAUUUGGCAGAGAAGUAAUACAAAAAAAGAAAUUCGAAGAAGGUAUCUUUUCUGAUCUAAGACAUUUAAAAUGUGGUAUUGAUGCAACUUUAGAACAACCCAAGUCUGAAUUUUUAUCAUUCUUAUUUAGAAACAUGUGUCUUAAAACUCAAAAAAAGCAAAAAGUAUUUUUCUGGUUUAGUGUACCUCAUGAUAAAUUAUUUGCAGACGCAUUAGAAAGAGAUUUAAAAAGAGAAAGUUUAGGGCAACCUUCAACAACAAAGCCAAUUAAUGAUCCAGCCGCUUCUUUCCAAUAUAACUCAGAUUCAGAAUAUUCUUUAUAUGAUCAACUUUCAUUGCAUGUCAAUUCGAAAAGGACAAAUAAAGAAGUCUAUAAACAAGUACAAUUCUCCCCUGAUGAUGAUUCAGCUGGCACUCCGUUGAAUAAUCAAACUGAUAUUAUGAGAGAAGAUGCAGGAAGUACGAGUGUACAAACAUCGUAUGAUGAAAACGACAACGCCAAAAUAGAUCAAUCUCCGAUGCAAAGUCAAGAUGUCAACGAAGAUCAAGAUAAUAAAUUCUCUCAACAGACAUUGGUUCUUGAUUCAAAUUCACUAGAUAUAAAUACAGACAGUGCAUCUUUCGAAGCAAAACAACAUGAUUCGAUUAAUAAAUUGGUGGAGGAAGACGAUUUCCCAUUAGAUUAUGUACCGAUUGAAAUAGAAUAUCCAAAUCAAGAAGAGGCAAUAGAUGGCUUUAGCAUGCAACCUAAUGAUAUGUUUCAACCUUCGUCUAUGUUGUAUGAAAAUUCAAUGGUUUUCCCAGAAGAUGACUUAAUGCCAACGACGGCUACUAUGGGUAAAUUUAACUAUCCAAUGGCUGCACCAAUGGGCUGGCCUGUUUCGGCAACAAGACCUCAUUUCAUGAUGAAUUCUGAGUAUUAUGCUUCAAAUGGAAAGAAUCUUCCAGAUUCCCCAAAUCCAUCAAGAAAAAAUGCAUCAGUUAAAAAACAAACUAAUAUAGAUCUAGUUAAAAAAUCCAGUAAUGAAAAUAAUGAAAAUGUUGAAAGUCAAGAAGAUGAUGAAAACGUAUCCCAAAAUGGAGAUGUACCACAAUAUCCAAUGUAUCCUAAUCCAUAUCAGUAUCCAUAUCAGUACAAUAAUUCGAUGGUACCUCCCAAUGGAUUCCCACCUAAUAUGUAUAAUGGAUAUCAAAUGGAACCAUUCCCUCAGCCAGUUGACGCUUCCACAUAUCCAUAUGAUGAUUUUUUUCCAUCUCAUGAAGGAUUUGAUGAGGGCUAUUUCCUACAAUCUGAACCAUUUAGCUGGGGUUAUGUGCCUCCACAGGGAAUGCAAUUAACAGCGCCACCAUAUAUGUCAAAGGUAUACUCACAGCAAGGAUUUAAACAAAAUCAAAUUCCACCUAGGAAUUCGUAUCAAUCAUCGCAGGGUCCUUCUUGGAACGGUCAAACUGGCCAAACGGGAUAUCAUUCAAGAAGUAAUUCCAAAAACUAUCAGAAUACACCAAUGCGCUCUCAAGGAGCUCAAGCACAGGGUGAACGCUGGAGGCAUUUUCAUCGUAAUUCUCAAUCCGCUACUGCCACCAAAUUUUAUUUUUCAAAAGCUGGUAAAGUUAAUAAGCAAGGUGCAAGAAAAGUGCCUAACCAACAACGUCAGUAUAUGAUGAAACAGAAUCUAAAGAUGAAACCGGAUAUGGUAAAUAGCAUGGGAAGUGGUAGCUCGAGUGGUAAUACUGAUAUUAAUAAAAAUACAUUACCAGUCUUAACUCCUGAAUCAACUAAUUUAAUAAGUCAGUCUGAAUUAACAACUGAUAAGACGGAUCUUAAUUCCGAAUGA